AUGAUAUUUAUUGCAUUAUUUUUAAUCGCGCUCACAGCGCUGUACUUCUAUGGCACCAGAAAUCACAACUAUUGGAAAAAUAAAGGUGUCAAACAUGACAAACCAGUUCCUUUCUUCGGUACAAAUGCAAGAAAUUAUCUACUCCAAAAAAGUUUCACAGAGAUGCUUGUUGAGGCUUACUGGAAGUAUCCCGAGGAGAAAGUCGUCGGAAUAUACAGGUCCAAUUUUGCGGGGCUGGUGUUAAGAGACCCAGAUUUAAUCAAGCAGGUUUUGACAACUGACUUUUUAUAUUUUUAUGGACGUGGGUUGAAUGCACAUGAAGAAGUAACAGAACCGAUGAUGAAAAACCUGUUUUUUGCUGACGGCGAUUUAUGGCGAUUGUUGCGGCAACGAAUGACGCCGGCGUUCACUAGUGGAAAAUUGAGGGCCAUGUUUCCUCUAAUUGUCGAACGUUCUGAGAAGCUUCAGAUUCGCACAGCCACGGCUGCUGCUAAAGGCUCCACCAUCGAUGCCCGCGAUCUUAUGGCACGUUACACUACUGACUUUAUUGGAGCUUGCGGUUUUGGAUUAGAUGCUGAUUCUCUCAAUGAAGAAGACUCUGCCUUUAGAAAACUAGGCAUCAAAAUUUUUCAUAUAGGAUUCAAAGAAGCACUGACUACUUAUUUAAAAGAUUUAUUCCCAGAAAUUAGUAAGAGCCUUAAAUCUUUAGGAAGGUUUGAAGACGAAUUAACUGAUCUCGUAAAAGCAAUUCUAAAUCAAAGAAAUUAUCAACCUUCUGGUAGGAAUGACUUUAUUGAUCUCCUUCUCGAGUGUAAGAGCAAAGGAAUAUUGACAGGAGAGUCAAUUGAAAAAAAGAAACCUGAUGGCUCGCCAGCAGAAGCAUCUGUAGAACUGGAUGAUUUGUUAAUGGCUGCACAAGUGUUCAUUUUCUUUGCAGCUGGAUUUGAGACAUCUUCUUCAGCCACCAGCUAUACUUUACAUCAGCUAGCAUUUCAUCCCGAAAUUCAAAAGAAAGUGCAAAGUGAUAUCGAUAAAAUAUUAACUAAACAUAAUAAUAAACUCUGUUAUGACGCUAUCAAAGAAAUGAAAUACUUAGAUUGGACAUUCAAAGAAGCAAUGAGGAUGUUUCCAUCACUUGGGUUUUUGAUGAGAAAGUGUGCAAAGACAUACACAUUUCCAAAAAUAAACUUAACGGUAGACCCUGGCGUGCGUAUAUUCAUACCGGUGCAGGCGCUACACAUGGAUCCCCUGUACUUCGACAAUCCCGAGGAAUUCCGACCAGAGCGUUUUGAUCCUGAAGUUUUCGACAACACAUUGAAGAACAUUUAUAUGCCCUUCGGCGUUGGACCACGAGCAUGUAUUGGUGAACGUUUAGGGCAGAUGCAAUCACUGGCCGGGUUAGCGGCAGUGCUAUCGAAGUUCUCAGUGCGGCCGGCACCAGAGACGGUCCGACAUCCACGAGUGGAUCCACCUGCAGGAAUCGUGCAAAGUAUACUGGGGGGUCUGCCCUUAUUAUUUGAAGAAAGAAAAAUAAGUAACGCAUAGAAAAGGUUAGUUUUUAUUCCAAAAUUUACAAAACUUUCACAUAUCACAAUGAAGAUCGACCUUGCUCUAGAAAACAUAUUAAUACAAAAUUCAGAAAUAGACAUAUUGCGUGUGUAGAGUACAAUCUGAUUUUAGAGAGUAAUGAAUUGAAAUUAUAUAAUUUAUCAUAUUUAAUAUAAAAUAGAUUUUUUUGGAUGUAAGUUGAUUGACUGAUUAUAAUUAUAAUAAUAAAUUUAUGUCAUUGUUAUUGUACUCUUAUAGUGAUGUCUUUGUAAUUAUAAUUAUCGAUAAAAUAUUUUGGUUAUUAUUUUUUUGUUAUUGUCCCACUAUGUGUUU